UCCAAGUAAGUCUUGAUCAAGGAGUUUCUGAACAGCUGAACCAAAAUAUCAAUCAAUUUAAUUGCGACGUGUUGCGGCAAUUGUUGUUCCAGAACAUGGCCUUGGCAGAGCUCAUGCGCAGGAGAUGGACCUAAGCCCUUGCAGUCCAACAAGCCCGGGACACAAAUCCCAAGCUGAGGCUGACCUUCUUGAACGCAAAACAACCGUGAUGCGCUUGCAGAACAGGCUUCAGAAGAUCUUUGCCAAGCAAUUGACUCCCGGCAAGAGCGUGUGGUGCUGGCGCUAUGAGAAGAAUGAGUCGGACCACACUUUUCAGGCUUCAGUGCACAUUUCCCUUCUUGACCGAUCAUUCACAGGUGGAUGGGCAGCCACACAUCAGGCUGCACAGAUGGAGGCAUGCAACCAGUUGGCAGCGUUUCUGGACAAAGACUUCAAGGCCUGAGCACAAGAGUAAUUGGCCAGCACAAAGCUGAGACGUAAUGUCGAGCCGACCUGCUCAGAGGGUAUUUGAAAGUAGGCAAAGCCCGACUUGCAGCAGAUGCGAGCCCACAGAGUUUCUUGUUUGCCGAA